AACAUAACUUAUUAUAUUCGUGUGUAGCUAUUGGGACUGCAUUUAGUUAGUAUAAUAAUUUGGUCGCGGACGGUAGUGAUAUUAUAUUUAAGAAAAUGGGUUAUCUAUUUACUAUUUUGGCUCUUUGCUUCGCUCUAGCAACCGCCGAAUCCCCAGCCGUCAGCAAACAAUAUCGUUCCGACUACACGUACGACAAAAACACCGAUUCCUUCUACAAGAUGCACACGGAGCAAGCGUCGACCGACCGCGCUCACACCACUUGCCAGGCUGAAGGUGCCCGACUUAUGGCACCAGAAUCUGAACAAGACCUGGCGUUGAUACAUGGAAUGUUUAAAAAGUUUCCGGAUAUUGGGAGACUGGUGCUGGUUGAUGGGAAUGGGGCUGGCCAUGACGAGGCAGAUGAGGAUGAGGAACCCAUCAUCAAUUAUGGGAGUGGAGUGGGUCAUGACGAGGCAGAUGAGGAUGAGAAACCUAUUAUAAAUCUGGAGGGCGAAACUGACUUCGAUUCUCGCCGCAAGUGCGAGGUGGUGAACCGGGAAGGCCAGAUUGAGAGCUCUAUAUGCUACUUCGAGCUGCCCUUCAUAUGCAAAGUGAACGCUAAGGACGCGCCUUACAACGAGGAAUGUGGGACUUAUUCUAACGAUUACGUCUCAAAAAUCUCCCUCACCGGCAGUUGCUACCGCAUAGCCCGGAUAAAAGCGAACUGGAACGAGGCAUACGCCAACUGCCAAGCUGAGGGGGCCCACUUGGCCAUCCUCAACAAUGAGGGAGAGUUUGAAAUCGUCAAGGGGCUGAUUGAGAAGAUACCAAGAAGCGUUGAGGAUUGGCAGUUCUUUGUCGGCGUUCGUGCGGAGGAGAAGAAAUCUCCGAUUAUCUUUAAAACCGUUUUUAAUCAAACUCUAGAGCAGGUCGGUUACGCGCCAUGGGACAACAACGAGCCGAACAAUUCCUUCGGCAUCGAGUAUUGCGUGUCUCUCAUCAGGACCACGUGCAAAUACAACGACACCGUGUGUCGGAACCGGUACUCGUAUAUUUGCGAGAAGGAGCGUAGUGUGUGAGAGGCAAAGGAGGUUCGACAAUAGGGUGUAAUUGUAAUGUUUAUAACCGGCAAUAUUUUUUGGAUAUGAUGAAAUGGCUAUGUAAGAACAAUUAUUUCGGAAUCGAGUACUGCGUGUCUCUCAUCAGGACCACCUGCAAAUACAACGACACCGUGUGUCGCAACCGGUUCUCAUAUAUCUAUGAGAAGGAGCGUAGUGUUUAAAUUACGAAGGAGUUUGUAAAAUAGGGUGUAAUAUUUAUAACCGGCAAU